AUUGUCAACCUAAACUUGUUUAUAUAUUUACUAAUAACGAAUCCAAUAAUUAGAUUGACAAACUUAAAUGUAAAAGAAGCAGCAUGCGCCGGCAUGCAUGGCUUGGGGCCUGUUCGCGUUUAGCCGAGACGGCCGCCACCGCCUGGCCGGCGUGCUGCGCGCGCUGCUCAUCGCGCAGCUCGUGGUCUCGCUCUGCAUGCUGAUCUUCUGCUAUAACGCUUCGCAUAAGGUCAUGAUGCUGCUCAAGGAUAUUCAUAAGGUAGCAGUGGUUCUUCUCCACGGCCUCAUAAUCUUCCAAGCGUACGCGAUGAAGCUGCACUACACGAGCGGACUGCGACUCGUCUCAUGGCUGCUCAAGUUCUCGCACUGGUCGCGCUCGACUAAAGUCUGCCGCGUGUGGCUCAUCAGUGGCACGCUGAUCGCGCUCAACGGCUUGGUGGUGUACAGUGCGCUCAACGGGACGCUUCAGGCUUUGACCAAGGAACUGUCCACAUCGUUGCGAGGCGGUAUAGCGCAGUACCUCACGGAGCCUACUUGGAAACGUCUUCUAGAUACAAUUCAGGUGGAGUUAAGCUGCUGCGGCGCGGACACCCCUAACGACUGGCACGAGAUUCCAUGGAUAAACAUAAACUUCUUCAACGAACAAUCCGACACUAUUAUGAUGAUGGCCGGUGCUGACGGCAAGGUGAUGCUUCCAGUAUCUCCCUACUCGUGCUGCACCCCGCGAGUGCUCGCCGCCUGCUAUCACGACCCUUUGCAGCAGUCGGAAUGGCGCGAAGUUUGGGAGGAAGGUUCUCCGCUACUAUCGGCCUCGCUCCACACGCGCGGCUGCGUGGAGGCCGUGCGCACACCGCUCACUAAAGCUCUCCUGACACUACACAUUCUACAUGUGUUGAUAGUGCUGUUCCAAGUAUUAAUCCUAAUAUUGACUCGGUUGCUGGCUACCAGCGCGGAGGACGCGGUGUUGCACGGGGACUGCGAUGGCGUCGGCCAGGGCUACAUCUUUUGGAGGGCAUCCAAGGAUCGUAUACGACGAAAUCUAAGAGAGCGGGCACCCUCGUCACUGUCGCUUGUGGGCAAGUGUAGCACCUGCGCGUUGCUGCUAGACCGGCAGCGCUGCGUGCUGUGUGUGCGCAGCCCGCGCGCCCACCGCGCCUGCUUACACUACCCUUGAAGACGCCACGCCCCACGCCAACGCCAUCACGG